UCCAAAAACAAAAUAAAAAAAUCGUCGAAAAUCGUAGUUUUUUUUGGAAGUAAUGGAUUUUUAGAGACUGAAAUAGUGCAGAAAACUCAUUUAAAAAAUCAUUCCAGCGGAAUAAUUAAUCUUCUUAGUCAAAUAUUCAGUUCUGUUAUGUUAGUUCUUCUAAAUAGCUCGAGAAAUAGUUGACAAAUAGUUUAAUUUAAUCCGGAUAAUGCUACAGGUCUUCCUUUAGUCCAAAAUAGUCCGAUGAUUUACCGCAUGUUCCAGAAUUGAUAGUAUUUCUCUUAUAGACGUGUAGAAGUAAUCCAACCUACAUGGGUGUACAUGUAGUCAGUUAUGAACAGAAGUAAGAAGCAACACAAAGUUUUCGAAGAACCGUAUUGGGAUUGCAGCGUUUGUACUUAUCGAAAUGCACCGGAAGCUUUUAAAUGCCUAAUGUGUGAUAUACGCAAAGGGACGUCUACACGAAAACCAAAAGUAAAUGUGUUAGCUUCUCAACAUGCAGUACAGCAGUAUAAUUCACCAUUGCCAAAAUCUAACAAAAGAGAAGACGAAAGUAAAGACAAAGACGGUAAAAGGAAGAAAAAAUUCAAGAAGACAUGGCGACCGUCUAAAUUGAAAAACGUCGAUCGUAGCACUGCUCAAGCCAGAGAAAUCACCAUCAACAACAUCACUAUCCAAAUAACCGAGUACAAAGUGAAAGAAAAACGAAACUACGAUGCAAUGGAACAAUCCAGUACUUCGGAAAUGAGCAGUCAUUCGGAAUCCGGCUUCGAAACGAGUAGCACAGCCGCAACUACAUCGUCGAGCAAAUCGCAUUCGUUUUUAUGACAAUAAUUGAAUCUUCAGAACGUUGUGUUUUUCAUAGCAAAAAAGGUGAUAUGUAAAAUGUUUAAUUUUAUUUUUACUUCAAUCUAUGAUGUAAUUAGAUUAAUUACGAAGAUAUGCGGUAUCAAUUAGGUGUGAUCUUGGUAUUGCUCGGUUGAUAGAAAAAAAAGAAUGAUAAAGUUUAAACUAAAAGCUACAUACAAAUUAUAUCUAGUCUGGUUAUGUAUCUUGUUGCUCGCCACAUUCAAUGUGCGGAGAAUUUCUCGAAACUUUAUGUAUUUUAUCCAGUACACUGCCGUUAAUUGAAUUUGUCUCGUGGGUUUUUUACGUGCGAAGCGUAUUUUAUCUGCGGAGGUUGUAUAUUAUUAUUAGGUUGAUUCUAGCGUAAUGAAAUGUUCGCGUAUGUUUAAUGAUUGUGUCGAGUUUGUUUUAUCUUUUGUAUUGCGUAAGUAUUUAUUAUUUUGUCGAUUGAGAAUAAAAAAUGGUUUUCGUAAA